UUUAGCGCAUAUUAAACCCUAAUUAUAAUUUUGCCGAGAACUGUCAAAAUCGAUGAAAGUGAAGUGAAUUACAUAUUAUUCCUCUUCUUAGAUAUGAGGUAAACAAAAUAGCAAUGGCUUUCGUAAAAAUGGAUGCAACAGCCGUGCAAAAGAUUAGGAAUGGUACUGAAGAGGACAUAAUCAGUUUGUUGGACGAAUGGACACAAAAGAAUGCCCAAACAUUCACAUUCAGUGAUAUAACUGAUGAUGUUAAAGAGAAAGUAACCGAGAGCUUAUUUGCCCGCUUGUCACAGAAAGCUUCGUCCAAAUUUCAUUGUUUGUGUUUACAAACAUUGAGACUGUUCAGCAGAGAGAAAACUAGACUAGGAUCUAUGAUCACAGACAAUGGACUGGUCCAUUUUAUGAGACUGGCUGGACUGGAACAUUAUGCUAAACAAGGGGAGGCAGAUAACGGAAUAACGAUACAAUUAGGGGAUGCAGAAGUGACAAUAGAAGCUCAGAAAUGUUUGUGUAACCUUAUUUUCAAUAGUGUACAGGCCCAGGCAGCUUGCAGUAAAAAUGGAUGUGUGGAAGGUAUUGUACAGAGACUGAAGACCUAUAAAGAUCCAGACCUUAAAUUUGAUAUCAAGUUCUAUGAUAUGAGACUGUUGUUUCUUCUGACAGCUCUGUGUGCAGAUACAAGACCAAAAAUACGUUUUGAGUUGCAUGGGUUCACAUACCUGAUAGAGGUGAUAGAUCUGAUCCUUCGUGAUGCAGAGGCACGCGACGACGGACUCACAGACCAGGAGGUGGACUUGUGCUCUGAAAUACUCAAAAUUCUCUUUAACUUGACAGUUACUGUCGACAGAAAUAACUUGGAUGAGGAGGAAGAGGCUCAUAUGAUGAGGCUUGUUUGUGUUCUUAGAGAUCUCCUCUUGUGUAAAACAGCAUCCAAAGAUAAAAGAGAAGAAAUUAUAAGUCACACAGUGAACUUACUGAUCAACAUGCCGAGAGACUGCUAUGAGGAAUUGCUUGCACCGAUGGCAGAAGUUGACCUCAGUGGGAUUGAGAACAAAGAGGUGGAAUAUGAUGGGAAAAACAUGGAGGCCGUUGUCAUACUUCUAAACUUUUUAUACGAAAGACUUGAUAGGCCAUCAAAGUCAUUAAAAGAGAGUCUCACACCUAUAUUACAUUGUUUGUGUGAGACUUGCAGGGCCAACAGAUCUAUCAGAAAAUUCUGUAGAAUGAAGGUUUUGCCGCCAUUGAAAGAUGAGGUGAAACAUUUACCAGAGGAAGGUAGCACUCUUAGAAAUAGAUUGUGCAAGUUGUUGACAUCACCUAUUCUGGAAGUAAAGGAACUUGCUGCAGAUUUUCUCUUCGUUUUGUGCAAAGAAAGCGUGAACAGAAUGGUAAAAUAUACAGGCUAUGGGAACUGUGCUGGGUUGUUGGCAAACAGAGGUCUGAUGCUGGGAGGUCAGAGUCAAGGUCAGGGAGAUUACUCCAGUGAUUCUGAAGACUCUGAAACUGAAGAGUAUUCCAAUAUGGCAGACAGUGUGAAUCCAGUAACGGGUCGCUAUGAGGUAGAAAAGCCUAAACCUUGGGAAGGAAUGACAGAUGAGCAGAAAGAGUACGAGGCCAUGAAACUUGUUGAAGCUAUGGACAAACUGAAUAGACAGGGAAUCAUACAACCAAGUGUGUUAGGUGAAGAUGGUCGUCCUCAGACUGUAUCACAUAUUCUGGAGUUGUUAGAGAACCAGCCAAAUCCCCCACCAGCAGGAGGAAGUAGUGACGACUAGACUGUGUCUCAAAGUCUGGCAUAACACUGGGACUUUGUCCCAGUCUUAAUAGAUACCCACCCAGAAUAAAAGAAAGAUAUCUGAAUUCAUCUAAAUUUCAUUUGAAUUUCAAUAACAAGAUACAAACAAGCCUGAGCAAAACACUAAAAGAAGGUGCUUUCAUAAUAUCAACAAUUUUAAAAUAGAAGAUGAAUCUGAAAUCUGUUUUAGAACAUGUCUGAUUUUGAUACACUUGACUGUUAACUGAAUAUGUCUGUACUUUGAUCAUCAGACUACCUUCUGUAAGUUCCGUUUGAACAAGUGAAAGGAACAGACAGACACAUUCAUAAAGGAAUGCUGUUAUUAUGUACAGUACUGGUUUUGUAAGACUAUUGUAAUCAUUGGGGAUUCUGAAAGCUGUAAUGGGUAUAUCAAAAAAUGUGUACAUUUGUACUUAAUGCAAAUCUCAUUAAAUGUUGGUAAUUUGUGAGCGAGUGAUUGGUGUAACUCAAGAAAUAAUAAUUUAUAACUGAUAUAAAACUGAGACAAACCUUAAACUCUCGACUAUGCUUCCAUUAUCAUUUUUUGAGUCACAUGUUCCUUUUAAGAUAGGUCUUCUGUUGGUGACUAAUGAUACAGGGUGACUAAUAGUACAUGUCAGGAUAACAAACUUAAAUAUUGUCAUUAUCUUAGAAGAUAUUUGGACAAUGUUAAUUGUGCAAGAGUAUAGAAGUAAAUUUUAUUGCAUGUGUAAAGUGACAUGGUAUUGCACUUACAUUGUUUACAUGACAACCCCUAUUCCAUAAAAUCAGGCUUAAUUAAACACUUGCAAAACUUAAAUGAAAUUGUUACAAGCUGUAGGAUCAAUAGCCCUCAUUUUUCGGCGGUCCAGACUUCACAACUAAUUGCUUAGUUUGCCAGUAGAUUAAUACAGACCAUUCAUAGUUGUGUUUAACAAUUUCUGACCGGUAGACCAUUUAAGAAUUCCAUGAAAAGUUUGACUUCUUUGAUGACAUCAUCAGUGUUACCAUUUUGUAUGGCAACAUUUUCUAAUUAAGUAAAUUAAUUUUGUUAUCUUUCAGUUAGAACCGAAAUGAUAUCCCUGGGUCAAAUACUGACAGGGUAAUAAGGACUUCAUACCUUAAAAUGUAUCAAUAGUCACCCUGUAUACUAACUAGAAGUUAUAUGCUAUAAUUUCUCCAAGCAGUUCCUUAACAAGAAAAAGCAUCUUGCAUUACCUGUUCCAUUAAUAUUAAACAAGGAGUUUUCAAAAUAUUCCAGGUCAAUGCUUUUUGAACUGCUAAUGACCUUAAGCUUUUAGAAUUUUUUUCUGUGAGAAAAAAAUACUACUCAUCAAAGAAAUCUGAGCAAGUUAUCAAGAGCUGUUAGUAAACAGAAAUUUGCAAUGCCAGAGUAAUCUUUCAAAUGUUUGUCAUCUUUUUAAUUCAUCUACACAUGACUGUAAUUUAUUUACAGGAAAAUGGACUACACCAGGUCCUGCACUUAACAAUAAGUUUUAUUAUUGACUAUCUUGCAUAUUCGUGUAAUUUGAUGAGAUGUCAAUGUUGGUGUCAUGUGACCUGUUUAUUUGUUGAAGACAUUGUUUUACAUUAAGGUAGCUCUGCACAUUCUGAGUAAAAUUAUUUAUACUGUGUAGAAUUUUAUUUAAUGUCAGUUUUUUAAAAUAUCAGGACAUACUAAGAAAAUAUGGCAAAUAAAGAAAAAAAGAGGGUCCUGUGCUUGAUUUUUUUUUUUUUUUUUUUUUUUUUGCUUGAAUGAUUUCAAAAAUUUGGAUCAUAAGCAAGUUUUGAUAUUAAUGGGAGUUAAUUAAUAGUAAAAUGACAAGUUUACGACAUUUUUGAAAAAAACAAACUUUCUCCUAUAUUAUCCUGAUAAAUCAUUUGACACAAUUACUUCUUGUAUAUCAGAUGUGCAGCACUGCCUUAACUAUGUACAUCACAUUUUAAAUGCCUAUGAGCAUUUAUUUGCACACUUUGUAUUUAUGAAAAUGAGAGAAAGAUUUUGGUGUCCAAUUGAGAGUGCUUUGUCAAAUUAGCUUCAUGUACAAGUUACUAUGUUACUUGAUGUAAAUUAUUCUUACUUCAUGGUGCUUAACUUACACUGGGUCAUAAAAUAAUGGGUUUGGUAUCACCUUAUGUCAGUGAGCUGUUUUGUGGAAUAAUGCUGUUUCAGUUGAACUGUGGCCCAAGAUAUUGACUCAGAACCACAUGGAGAGAUCAAUAUUUUAACUACAAUAAAGGAAUUUAUCCCAAGUAAUUAAGUUCAGAUGUGUAAUGGUGCAUGUGUUACUCUAGAUAUUUUGAAACUAAAAAAAAUUACAAGAAGGUAUCCUUAGCAAUUUCCAUUUUAAAAAAUACAGUUGUUGGUGAUAUUUUUGGUAAAAAUGUACUGUUUUACAAAUCACCUAGCAGCCUUCAGUUUCACAGCGUUUCAUUAUUUGAUCUGUAAAAAAACAAACUUAAUAGGCGAGACAGCAUAAGUUUUGACAUACUUUUGCUACCAGACCAGUUAUUUUAUACCCAGACGUACACGACAUAUAUUUCAUACAUAGAUUUUAGUCUGUUGUCUAAAAUAUGUACAAAAUCUCAAUCAUUAUUAUGUAUUUGACAUCAUUUAUUCAUUGUUGUUGGAGCCAAUGUCAUAUCUGAUGCAAAUAUAUCUCAAGACUUGAAUUGCAGCUUUUAAGUAAAUUUUGAAACUUAAUCACAUUUUUACUAGUGAAUUACAAACACUGCUGCUUAGCUUUGGUUGCAAAUUAGGCUGAUCACCAGAAAUGGGUUGUAUCAACUUAACCAUGUAGAACAAAGAAUGAAAAUCAUGCCAGUAAUUGCUUAAUAUGACUCCACCUCUUCUAAAGAGUGAAAUAUGAGAACGAAGAAAGAAAAAUGAUGAAAUGGUCAGUUACCUCUCAUGAUACCAAUCAAUAGACAGGAUAUAUAGCUUUGCAAAGUCUGCUGGUCAGUCUGUCUGCAGAACCAACUACUUUGCAUCAAUUACUGGAGUAUACUUGGUUUGCUUGCCUCAAAUUUACUGAUUGCCUGAGGCCAGGUAACUGGUACAGUUUUUUGUUUUUUUUAGAUGAGAAGGUCUAUGGUCACACACACAGUGACCUAGAGACUGAAAAUGGUGUGUAACUCCAUUGGAUAAUUGCCUUUGAUAAAAGUAAAUGACACAAAAUGUUAAAUCACACAUGAAUCUUUUCUAAAAUUCAGUAGUACUUUUUCUUAAGUUAAAGUCAAGACUGAAUGGGGUUUUUGAUGAAUAUCUGUACAAAACUAGUUUUAGCCGUCAGUCAUCAAAGGAUGAUUAGGUGUGGCGUGUAGAUGACCCUGCAAGCUUUUGGGACCUAUAAUUCAAAGUUACAGCGAUAUGUUUGCAGUCCAGACUUAGUUUUCUGAUCAGUUGUUUGUUAGAAAGUCAUUAGUCAGUAAAUGACUCAACUGAUUUUGGAGUUGAUAGGUUAAAAACCUCAACACUCUUGAACAAUUUUUCAAGGUCUGAACAGCAGUCAAACCAUUUGCUACUGUUUUUGACCCUGACACUAAGAAUUAUAUUACUAGUUACCUCCAAGAAGCUAUAAUGAAGAGUAUAUGGUUACAGACAGACUUUGUUGCAUUUAUGAUCGAAUUUUAUGUCCUUCUAUGUAUCCUUUGGAAUGGUUUCCAGCUAUAGGUAUAAAAAAAGAUGUAAGUGUUACAAGAACUUUGUAGAACCCGACAUAGAUGAAGGCUCCAUCAUUCAAUUCCAUAUUUAAUUUCUGCAGGUCAGAUUUCUUUUCGCUUGUUUAAGUACAGUAACAAUGUGUUAAAUAAUUUGUAUGUAUAUAGUGGUAGCAUUAGAUUUGUAUUUUUGAUCAUGAAAGCAGUGUGCUACACUUCUUAGUAGACUUUUAUUGCAGUAAGCACUUUGUAAAUUUUCAAGGCUGACCAGUUUUUCACAUAUACUCUACACAUUAUGUCAAAGUCUUUAAUACAACUUUGUAAUGCUGUGAUCAGAUGUUUGAAUGUUGAAACAAAGUUUCACCAGGUUAAUUUUAGUACUAUGAAAUAAUUUUCAAAGUAUUGCCUGGAACCUCAUUGUGGUGUCUGUUAGUACAGUCGACAUCGUACUUGAGACCACCUCUAUUAAGCGAUUUUUGUAUUAAACGACCAGUCAAAAUCCCUCCUGAACAUUUUCACUAUAUAAAUUCAUUCCAUUAAACGACUUUUCUAUUAGCGACUAGCGACCACAUUAUUGUAGUCCCAACAGGUAAAAUAUUUGACAAAAGUAUCUAUUUAGCGGCCAGAUACCAAAAUUCUACCGGGCAUUUCUUCGUCUGUGUAAUUAGCGAGUGCGUUUUGCACGUGACUGAAUGCAAUUAAACUUUGUAUCAGUCAAACUGACAAACAAUCUAGCCAUAAUUUUCAUGGUUUGUGGACUUGGAAAAAUGUUUACGAUGUUAAAACAGAUUUUGAAACCAUACAUGUAUGUUCAUAAUAAAUACAGUUACAUUAACAGUUAAAAAUAACUUUCCUUUUCAUCUGACUGAAAUUCAUUAAGAGACCAUUCCAUUAAGAGACCACUUCUAAGCAGUCCCUUGGGUGGUCUCUUAAUACAAUGUCGACUGUAUCUCUUCAGCGAGUCAUUUUUGACUUGGAAAUAUUUUGCAAAACAGUUACCGCAAACAUGUUGCAGUAAAAUUUUGCAGUGCAGUAUCUUAACUGAAUUUGAAAAAUAUGGAAGUAGAAGUUUGCUUGAAAAAAAAAAACAAAAAAAACAUCAAAACCUUCCGUUCUUUUGCUUAGCUUUAUCUCAUUUCAUACACUUUUUUUUUUAAUUAUGAAUUGAAACCUGCUUCAAGUGUUAGGAAUUUAAAUCAUUGCUUUGAAUUUAAGGUGGCGUAUAACAUUUUAUGAAAUUUUAUUAUUAUAUUUAGAAAGUAUAUAGGCUUACUUAGGUUUGGAAAGGUCAUUUACAUCUCCAGUUGUAUCAAACAAAACCAACCACAGAGCUUAUGACAUCAAAAAGUAUAGGUUCCUAAAAUGUUGUAAAACCUUUGGGUAUGUCGGGGUCGGGAGGUUCACCCCUACCUGUAAGCCUGGAUAAAAAAAUGAUGACUGGUAUGAUAUUUCAUUCCCUUUAAGUAAUCUGAUCUUUCUGAAGACAUAGGAACUGUGAUCAAUUUAGUGAUAGAGGCCUCCGUGGCCGGGUGGUUAAAUUCACUGACUUCAAAUCACUUGCCCCUCAUCGAUGUGGGUUCGAGCCUUACUCGGGGCGUUGAAUUCUUCAUGUGAGGAAGCCAUUUAGCUGGCUUACGGAAGGUCGGUGGUUCUACCUAGGUGCCCGCUCGUGAUGAAAUAAUGCACGGAGGCGCACCUGGGGUCUUCCUCCACCAUAAAAGCUGGAAAGUCACCAUAUGACCUAUCAUGUGUCGGUGCGACGUUAAAUCCAAAACAAACAAAAAACACACAAAAAAGACAAUUUAGUGAUAUAAAAGAUUUUUUUCAAAAAUGUAUUGUUUAUAUAAUGUUCUAUAGAUAAAAAACAAAAACAUUUUUAAAUUUUCAUAAAGUGAACGCCACUUAAGGACUGAGCGAAACAAAAAUUCUCUAUAUAUGCCUUAAAUUUAAUAUUAAAGCAGCAGUUUUAUUCCAUUUUUGUGCAGACUUAAUUAGAAUCUAGAUUCUUUAUAUAUUAUUCUUGAACUUGAAGAUUAUUUUAUCUUGUAAUUGAUUGUUGUAAUUAGUUUAGAUACAAAAGUAUAACGUCUUUCAAUAACUACAGUAGAAUUGUAAAUACUUUUAGGUGUGGAAGCUUAUAAGGUUAUAUAGAGAAAAUGUAUACUAAGUGAAACUACAGUCAAUAUGUUACAUUUAAAGCAGAAAGAUGUAAAAUAUCUUGAAUUUAAGUUAUAAACAGUUUCUUGCUAUAAUAUGUGUUUAUAACAAUUCUCUAGCAGGGCCGAAACAGUCCUUUAUAGAACUGUUUUAACCAGUGUUGCAUUACAGUUGGUCGAGAUAAUAUAUAUGCAGUUGAAACGCAGUAUCUCAAAUUCCAGUGGAAUGAAAGUUUUGCUUAGAGAAAACCAAAAUUAGACUAUUUGAUAGUUUUUGCACGUUUUUUAAAGAAAAGGACUUGAAAAUGUCGAGUAAGCCAGAAUUUUGAGAUAAGCGAGUUCCAGAUACAGAGUUUCAACUGUAUUAUGUAUAAAGUAAAUAUUAGCAGAUCUUGUCGGAGGACAGAAAAUCUACUAAAAUAUCUGUUAUCAGAACUGUUUCCUAUAAAAUCAUGUAAAGCAAUAAAUAUAAACUGCAUGUGUUAUAUAGACUAAAUGCUUUAAAGAAAAAAGUCAUCAAGAAUAAAGAUUGUAGGUUGAUUCAGACUUCGUGAUAAACUUGAUCAGUAAGUACACGCUGUUAAAUACGAGUAGUAAGAUUUUUUACAAAGAUUUGUCUUGUUGUUUAGUGCUAUCUAUAAGUGUGCAUAAAUAAAAUCAGGAUAAUAUAA